GGUGUCUUUGGGAAUGUCGGCAGAAGCCUGGGAUAUGCGCAGAGGUCCUGUCUUAAAGAAUUUUUUGGCAGAUAGCCCUACCCAUACUUGUUUCUGCUAAACAAUGGAAUAAAAGAAACAGGGAGUACUUCAAGUAAAGGCAUAUCUUACAUUGAGGUGCAGAUCGGUGUACAGAGGUGAACCUGAACUGUCACACUUCAAGCCAUAAGUGGGGCGGAGUUAUGUACAAAUCCCAGGGAGGAGCAAUUACAGCCAGAAGGAUAUCAGACACCGGAGAAGACAAACAUACAUGCUUGAGAAAUUUAUGCAGUUCGCUUCCAGACUAGAUUGCUAGAAGCUCCUGCAUCAUGAGUUCGGAGCCAACUGGACAGACUAUAAUAGUGAAGACAGAGGAAGCGGCAGCUGCUGCUACUGGUCCAACUGUAGUAAAUGAAGAAAAAGGGGAUUGUAAGUGGCCCAUGGGUGAUCAUCAUAUCCACAGAGAAGACUUCAGAAGGGUUUGGAAAGAGUGCCAGGAUGAGAGUUUCUGGUACAGAGCUCUUCCCUUGUCUCUGGGUAGCAUGGCUGUCACUGGUGGUCUUAUCUACAAUGGUAUCUGGAAAUCAUCAAAGCGAUUUGGUCCCUUUCCAAAGCUAGCAGUUGCUGGGAUUCUUGGUUUUGCAGUGGGUAAAGCAUCUUAUGCUGGAACUUGUCGAAACAAGUUCAAGGAGCUUGGCCUUGGGGAUGGACCAGGAUCUGGACCCUGGUCUGAGGGAGGUCGCUUUGGACCUUUUAAGAACUCUGGUCAUGGACACAGGUGCCACCAUGUGUGUGAAGAAUGUAAGAAAAAAGCUCAGGCUGCACCUGCAGGAGAAUUUAAAAGCUAAAGCCUCAUUGGAAACACUGAAGAACUGACUGUCAGCUUGGAUCUAUCAGAUGCAGCUCUUCUGUUACUCAAGUGUCAUAAACAAUGCAUUAAACUAGCCUAACAUAGAGCUAUAUCUGUAUGCCAUCUUCAUUCUGGAGAAACCAUGCACAAACUUGCCAAUAGGGGGAGCUACUAUGCUGAGUUCAAGAUCAUGCAUAACUUAGUUCCAGCGUUAUCUGAACAAAUGCCUCAAAUUGAAACAAGAAGUCACUAUUACUUACAGUGUAGUGUUUGCCAUUAUUUACCAGAAAGCAAUUCAGGCCAUUUUAAUGACUCCACAAGUGGACACUGUAACAAUAAUAGGACCAACAAUGUUAUUACCCUUUGAGUUUUUUAAUAAUCACCCCAAGUAUUCUCAUAUCAGCUUGUCUUGCUUAAAGAAAAAAUGUAUAUAUUUAUGUGCAAAUGACAUGGUUUAAUUGUUACAUACAGUCACUACGGUGUUUUCCCUGUUUAACUAAGAUGACCAUCUGUGUGGGGUGGGGUAUCCCAGCAGAGCGUCUGACAACAUCAUAUGUCAACAUCAUACAAUGAUAUCUUUCAUUGUUGGGUUGACAGACUGCUUCAACAUCUGGUACAUAUUAAAACUGCUUCACCAUGUUUUGUUUUCAGUUUUUGAUCAGUAAGCAAACUAAUGCCAAUUUGGAGAGUUCCCAGCACGGAAGCAGAACAGAGAUGUAUUUUGGCCUUUUGAGCUUUAUAAAGUACAGUAAAAUCAAUAAUUUGACACACGGGUAGCCAGAACUGUAUUUUAAGAGCUGGAGUUAUGUAUGCUUGGCUUUUUUUUUUUGUCACAAUAAGAUGUCAGAAUGUCAGAUGUUUUUUGUCAAUAAAGUAAGAAAUUAAACAAGG